AUGUAUGGUGUGCCGGAGAAUUUCUUGGAAGUUGAGGUGCGCAAUCCGAUGACGCAUGGAUUUGGCAGGAAGAUGUACACGGACUAUGAGAUCGUAACGAGGACCAACAUCCCGGCUUUCCGAUUCCGCUACUCAACGGUACGACGUCGCUAUUCUGACUUUGAGUACUUCAGAGACGUCCUUGAGCGCGAGACGACGAGGGUCAACAUCCCCCCUCUUCCGGGCAAGGUCUUCACUAACCGCUUCACGGAUGAGGUGAUCGAGAGUAGGCGUGAGGGGCUGGAGAGGUUCAUCACCGGCGUGGCAAGCCAUCCUCUGCUUCAGACCGGCUCGUCGAUCUUGAGUGCCUUUUUGCAAGAUCCCGACUUCUCGCGCUUCUAA